AUGUCGACUGUAACAGUACCUCCGGUGGCACCUUCCCACCGUGAAGAUGCCAUGCAAAUCUUCCGCGCCUUCAAAGGAAUAGGAUGUGAUGCGGGAGCGAUCGUCGAUAUUCUAGCUCACAGGGAUGCCACGCAACGCUCCCUCAUCGAACAAGAAUACGAAUCCGCAUACGGUCAUGAACUUCGGAAACGUUUAAGAUCCGAGCUCAACGGCCAUCUCAAGAAAGCAGUAUUGCUGUGGAUGCACGAACCAGGAGAACGCGAUUCUUUUAUUUUGAAGAAAUCUUUGAGAGGAGCCGUGAAAGAUCAAAAGGCAGUGACCGAAAUCAUAUGUUCUCGAACUCCGUCGCAAAUCGGACAACUUAAGCGAGCUUAUUUCACAAACGUCGGAACUAAUCUCGAAGACCACGUUGAAGAUGAAUUAUCCGGUGACCAUAAAAAGUUACUGCUUGCGUUUUUAACAACGUCACGCUACGAAGGCCCCGAGUACGAUGAACAGUUAGUAGAGGAAGACGCGAAAGCAUUACACAAAGCGGCUAAGAAAUUUAGUCUGUCGGAGAAGACUUUCAUACAGGUUUUCAGUGAAAGAAGUAGGGCACACCUUUGUGCUGUUAGUGACGCCUACAAGAGCAUGUUCAAGAAAACAUUGGAGAAGACGAUAAGAGAUGAAACUCACAGGAACUUUGAAUAUGCCCUUAAAACAAUAUUAAGAUGUGCUGAAAGCCAACCAAGGUUCUAUGCAAAGGCGUUGAGGAAGGCAAUGAAAGGUCUUGGAACAGAUGACACUGCACUAGUAAGGAUUGUGGUUACCAGAGCUGAGAUUGACAUGCAAUACAUAAAGGUGGAGUACCGUAAAAAGUAUGGCAAGACCUUGAAUGAUGCCGUCCAUUCCGACACAUCAGGACACUACAGAGCUUUUUUGCUAGCCCUUUUAGGUCCCAAUAAUUAGGUCUCUCGUACAGGCCGUGAUACAAUCUUAAAACAUGUAAUGCGUAGGGAUUCAAGCUUUAAACACUGCAUGAAUUUGAGGUCGGAGAUUGAGUUUUCAUAACUUGUA